AUGAAGUGUUCUGUCGCCUUCUCUCUCUUCGCCCUGGCCUCUGCCGAGAUCGCUGUCGCAACUAUCCUGACUGGAACUUCGGUCACAACUUCCCUGAGCUCUUUCAACCUCACCAAAGGAGCAGCAUGCGCCUGUGGGAGGCUCUCUCGAACCUAUGAUGGAAUAAUCUCUCCCAAUAGCGCGAACUACACCGUUCAAGCUGCAGACGCAUAUUGGGAUGUCCGAGCCGACCUUUCUCCUGCCUGUAUCUUUUUGCCCAGUACAGCAGAUGAGGUUUCCAAGGCCCUUGAGAUCUUCCAGUCCUGUGAUGCGCAUUUUGCUGUCCGUGGCGGUGGCCAUAUGAAUUACCCAGGAUCAAACAAUAUCGACGGGGGUGUUCUGUUGGCUCUCGAGAAGUUCAAGGAUAUCAAGGUCAAGAAAGGCUCGGUUGAAGUUGGACCUGGGCUUGUUUGGUACGAUAUCUACAAAGCCCUUGAGCCCUACGGUCGCGCCGCCAUUGGUGGGCGAUUGAAAACAAUCGGUGUCCCUGGACUGAGCCUCAUUGGCGGCUUUCAUUAUUUCAACAACAAGUACGGGUAUGCGAUGGAUAAUGUAGUGGGUUAUGACAUCGUUCUCGGCAACGGAACGCAGAUCACCGUCAACAAGAAAUCGCAUCCGGAUCUCUUCUGGGCAUUGAAGGGCGGUGCGAAUAAUUACGGAAUCGUGACCAAGUUCACACUGAAGACCUACGAUAUUCCCAAAGUCAGCACUACCAUUCAAGUGUUCAACGAGAGCGGUAUCCCCGACUUCCUGGCUGCGGUUUGCAAUGCCGCCAAACUUGACGAGAAAGAUCCCAUCGCGGCCGGCAUGGUUGCAACUGUGCAAUAUAAUGCCACUACCAAAGUUGCAACGGCUUCGUUACUGGGCGUCCAGGAAGGCAUUAGCCAGCCUCCCUCUCAAUUUGCGAAUUUCUCUGCGAUCCCUUCGAUUACCCAGAUCAACAAUGUCACAACCAUGAGGCAAUGGGCAUCUUCCUUGGACACGCCUAAACAAAUGUUUCGAGUCAUGUUUUCCCACAAAACCAUGAAACCAGAUCACGACGCUCUCGUCUCCAUUUACAAGGCAUGGAAAGAGGCUGUCGACCAAAUUGCUGAUGUUGAGGGCCUUUACCCAACGUUUGUCACCAAUGUGGCUUCUGCCGGCGCCGCGCGGGUCGCUCUUACCAAUGGAGUAGGCAAUGUUUGGGGACUGGAAGCAGAGCCUUACAUCUUGUGGCAAUUCAGCACAGGGUGGGCACUGGCGCAAGAUGAUCUGCGGAUCGAGGCUUGGUCUCGUCAAUUGGCCGAGCGUCUCCAUGCCAUCAAUGUGGAGAAGGGAAUUGCUUCUCCCUUUAUCUAUAUGGGCGACGCUGGGGAGUGGCAAGACCCAUUUGCGGGAUUCCCUGCCGAGAAUGUUGCCCGAAUGAGGACGAUCAAAUCUUCUUACGACCCCCUGGGUGUCUUUUCUCGACUCAACUGGGGCGGGUUCAAACUGAGUCUGUAG